AGGGGAAGCAGGAACACAGGCGACGGGAGAGGGAGAAGGGGGAGAUAGGCAGGAGCGAAAAAAAACCCUAACUGUAACUACUCCUAGCCCUACAACUGAAAUAACGGAUUAUCCACCGACUGUGAACAGCUUCUCCCGCCGGUAAAGUCAACACAAACGUCUCGGACGUCCCCUUGAACAAGUCAACAUAUUUCCAGGAUUGCCUACUACACAGAAUAUGACAGACACCUAGCAGCAGCAGUGUCAGCUGGGAAAACCAUGGCAACGGCCUACUUGGACCCCAACCUGAACCAUGCCCUCCUGGGAGGCGCCAAGUCACGGCUGAGCGCGGGGGGGUCGGACCGAACCAUGGCUGUCUCCGUGGACAGGGUUCUGAAAGUCUUCCAUCACUUUGAGACCAACACUGAACACAGCUGCUGGUCCUCCAAUAUCAGAUAUGGAGAUGCAACCGAUGUCCGGGGAAUUAUCCAGAAGAUUCUGGACAUCCACAAAGUGCGCUGGACGUCUUGUUUUGGCCUGCGUCUCAGCAACAGCCAAUCCAGAGACCAGGUGCACUGGCUCCACCCCGAUUUGGGCGUGUCCCACGUCAGAGAGAAAUAUGACCAGGCACGGACAAACGAGGAGUGGAGGUAUGAGUUAAGGAUCCGGUAUCUUCCAAAGGGCUUUGUGCAGCAGUUUACAGAAGACAAACCUACACUCAACUACUUCUACCACCAGGUGAAGAAUGACUACAUGACAGAGAUCGGGGAACCGGUGGAACAAGAUGUAGCUCUCAAACUGGGCUGUCUAGAAAUCAGGAGGUUCUUCAAAGAGAUGAGAGGAAACGCCUUGGACAAGAAAUCCAACUAUGAACUACUGGAGAAAGAUGUUGGUUUGAGGCGCUUUUUCCCAAAAGACCUGUUGGAUUCAGUCAAGGCUAAAACUCUUCGGAAGUUGAUUCAGCAGACGUUUAAGCAGGUAGCCAAUCUCAACGAUGAGCAGUGCAUCCUGAAGUUCUUGGAGAUACUUGCACCAAUCUACCGCUAUGACAAGGAGUGCUUCAAAUGUGCUCUUGGGUCCAGCUGGGUGAUCCAGGUAGAGUUAGCUAUCGGUCCAGAGGAAGGGAUCAGCUACCUCACUGACAAGGGAUCAACGCCCACCCAUCUAGCUAACUUUAAUCAAGUUCAGUCCAUCCAGUAUUCUGCUAUGGAGGAGAAGGACAGGAAAGGGAUGCUACAGCUCAAUGUAGCUGGAGCUGCUGAGCCUCUGACAGUUACGACAGCAUCACUGACCAUGGCAGAGAACUUGGCUGACUUGAUUGAUGGUUAUUGUCGGCUCAUCUCCAUGGAAACUCAUUCAUUCAUAGUCAGAUUUCAGAAAGAGGGAGAGAGAGCACUGCCUUCAAUCCCAAAAGUGUCCAAUAAUGAGAAAAAGUUAGAAGCAGUCAGGAGUGGAGUAAGAGCUAUCUCUGUCUCAGACCUAGUGACAUCGACGCCUCCUAAGCCAACCAAGGCGCGGCGUUUCCUCCUCCCCUUUGUCUUCUGUUCAGAUUCGCCGCCCAAUGAAGAUCUUAGUGGGGAUGAGACUGAUGACUAUGCUGAGAUAGUUGAUGAAGAGGACACAUACACCAUGCCCUCCACAGCUGUCUGGCUCUCUCCCUCUUCAUCUCUCUUUCUUCCUCUUUCUCCCACUGCCAACACAGUCAGCUAUGGAGUAGUUGAAGCACGGGAUUAUGAGAUCCAGAGGGACAGGAUAGAGUUGGGCCGCUGUAUAGGAGAGGGUCAGUUUGGAGAUGUACACCAAGGAGUCUAUAACAGCCCAGACAAACCACCUCUACCUGUCGCCAUUAAGACCUGUAAGAACUGUACAUCAGACAGCGUCAGAGAAAAGUUCCUACAAGAAGCAUUGACAAUGCGUCAGUUUGACCAUCCUCACAUCGUCAAGCUGAUCGGAGUGAUCACAGAAAACCCUGUUUGGAUCAUCAUGGAGCUGUGUACGCUUGGAGAGUUACGUUCAUUCCUUCAGGUGAGGAAGUACAAUUUGGAUUUAGCCACUCUCAUUCUGUUCGCUUACCAGCUCAGCACAGCGCUCGCAUAUCUGGAGAGUAAACGCUUUGUGCACAGGGACAUAGCAGCACGCAAUGUGUUGGUCUCUUCAGUCGACUGUGUGAUGCUCGGAGACUUUGGUCUGUCACGAUACAUGGAGGACAGUUCUUACUACAAAGCUUCUAAAGGUAAACUUCCUAUCAAAUGGAUGGCUCCUGAAUCUAUCAACUUCAGAAGAUUCACCUCUGCCAGUGAUGUCUGGAUGUUUGGUGUGUGUAUGUGGGAGAUCUUGAUGUAUGGCAUCAAGCCUUUCCAGGGCGUGAAGAACAAUGACGUGAUUGGCAGGAUAGAGAAUGGUGAGCGAUUGGCUAUGCCUCCUCAGUGCCCGCCCACCCUCUACAGUUUGAUGACCAAAUGUUGGUCGUAUGACCCAAGCAAGCGACCGCGAUUCACUGAACUCAAAACACAACUCAGCACCAUACUGGAGGAAGAGAAGCUUCAACAAGAGGAGAGACUACGAAUGGAGAUGAGGAGACAAGUCACCGUGUCCUGGGACUCUGGAGGGUCUGAUGAAGCACCGCCUAAACCCAGUAGACCAGGUUACCCCAGUCCUCGUUCCAGUGAAGGCUUCUUCUCCGGCCCCCAACUCAACCACUUCCCGCCAUCCGCCCAUGGUGGUGUAGGAGGAGUAGGAGGCAGCUACCCUCCGUCUGAUUCCUGGAAUCAACACAGACCUGAACACAUUGCACUGUGGAGCCCUAACAUGGAGGACGGUGGAUGUGUAGGCCAGGCUAUGAUGGAGGAGAGACUGAUGAUGCAGCAACAACAGAUGGAGGACGACCAGCGGUGGCUGGAGCAGGAGGAGAGCUUCAUGGUCAUGAAGACAGAGUCCAGAAACAGCAGAGGAAGCAUCGACAGAGAGGAUGCCACACUUCAAGCACCGGGUGGAAGCCAACAUAUCUACCAGCCUGUAGGGAAACCAGAACACGUGGCUCCUCCUAAGAAACCGCCCCGUCCCGGAGCUCCUGGUCACCUAGGCAACCUGGCCAAUCUCUGCCCAGUGGACAGCUACAACGAGGGGGUUAAGUUGCAGCCUCAGGAGAUCAGCCCACCCCCCACCGCCAACUUGGAUCGCUCUAACGACAAAGUGUACGAGAACGUGACCGGAUUGGUUAAAGCUGUGAUUGAGAUGUCCAACAGGAUUCAGCCUGCAGCCCCAGAAGAGUACGUCCCAAUGGUCAAGGAUGUGGGUCUGGCGCUGAGGACUCUGCUAGCGACAGUGGACGAGACACUUCCUGCGCUGCCAGCCAGCACACACAGAGAGAUUGAGAUGGCUCAGAAGUUGUUGAAUUCAGAUCUGGCCGAGUUAAUAGCGAAGAUGAAACUGGCACAACAGUAUGUCAUGACAAGUUUACAAAAGGACUACAAGAAACAGAUGCUAAUGGCAGCUCACGCCCUCGCAGUGGACGCCAAGAACCUGCUGGAUGUCAUUGACCAAUCACGACUCAAGAUGAUCCGCCCACAUUAGUUUCUGUUGCUGUGGAGAUGGAGAGUGCAGUAGCUCUUUGCCAAUCACAAAGAGAAGAGAACAUUUUAGAUGGAUAUCAGUGAUGGACGGAUUAAUAAAUGAACUGAUGGACAGGGAACAUGACUGACUGAAACAAUCUUCUCGUUUAGUUUUUCUCUUUGGCCUGGUCUAACGGUCAUGUUUUAGUCAAUAUUGUGUUAUUUUGUACUUUUGUUGCAUUAUUUGCUUUUGUAUCCAGAGAAACGCUCCUCUCCCCAUCACGUAUCGUCAAAGAUGAGUUUUUUUUUUUCAUUAAAUCCUCCAUUACUACUUUUUAAUCUUUGAUGAAAGUGAAUCAAACAAAGGUUUCAGAGGCUUGCUUGAAGGACUGCAGAGAUAUUUUGGUGAAUGGACGCACCAAGAUUUGCCACAUCAACACGACUAUCACGCUCCACACAUGCAGGAUGUAACAACUGGAACUGAAGAGCCAGGAUGAGGACGAUAAUGAAGAUGAUAUGAUAAUGUUGUUGUUUGAACAUGCUUUUAUGUCAUUAUUAAUUAUUAUUAUUACUAUUUUCAGGCUUGACUCUUACAGUAUGUCUCUGUUCAGUUUUCCUCUUGAAAAAAUGGGCAAAAUAAUUGCUUUACAGCUGCUCAUAAAAGUCAUAAUUUCAUCUCUUUUUUUCCACUUUCUUUUCUCUAGAUCUCUAUAUCUCAGGCACCGAGAGAUGGCGUAACAAUGAAAUAUCAAAUCUGUAUUUUGAAGAACAAACUAAAUGUCACAGGCCACUUUUUAAGUUAACUUGCAUAGUAAAUAUACAAAGAAGCUAUAUUUUUAACAUGUUUCUGAGGCAUGAAUUGUUAGUGAAUAAGGGAGAGGGAUGAACAGGUGGAAAAGUGAAGGGACAGAGGGGGGAGAGGUGGAAGGAGGGGGGGGGGAUUUUGAGUUGCAAUGGAGGUAAUUAUACUGUACAGUAUGUCACCCUGUGCCAAAUGUACUGCAAUUGACAAAAAAAGGAACAUUUCACUCAAAUGAUAUUGGUUUACUCAAUAAUCAACAUUUUUAGCAGCAACUCACCUGUUAUUUUUGCAGAAGUUUCUACAAAAAGUUAUUUAUUGCUUGUUUUGUAUGUUGAAGCCAAAUUGUCAUGUUGUGGGUUCCUUCUAUCCUAUUUGUCUUCUCAGAAAUGUUCACUCAGCAAUAUGCAGUGCUGCAAGCUUUCAGUUACGCCCUCAUUGUCAAAUUUCCAGUAGAAUUCAACAUUAAUAAUAUUCUGUCUGUCUUUUUAGGGGGUGAAUUACAGUUGCAGUUUCUUGUUUUACUCCCCACAUAACCAGAGACAGAUGCACACCUUGCUGGCCAAAAUGGGGCACAGGUCUUGUUCAUGGGGUUUAUCUUUUAAAUUGUUCAUGUCCAACAUGAUUUGCUCUUUAUCUCCCCUCUAUCAGUCCUUCUGCUUUUCUUCUCUGUCUUUCUACCUCCCUCCACUGGAGUUAUUUAUACAUUUUAUUCCCUCUCCUCUCAUCCUCUGUCACCCCCACAUUUCUACUUGUCCUCCUUCAGCCUCGUCUUCCUCUGAUUCUCUCUCCAUUCCACUGUUCCCUCUCCCCUGAGGUGAGUAGUAUUCUCAGGAAGGAGUCACAUGUACAGUUGCUAAAGCAAGCAAAUAAAAACACUGUUAUCGUUAAGAAAUA